AUGGCUCCAAAGACGCACGCGAAACCGGCGGAGACUGACGCGCAGCAGCUGAAGACGAAGCUGGAGACCGAGCCGCUGAGCAAGAGCCUCACCGGCACCGUCAUUCCCGAUGAAACCUCCUUCAACAUCGAGGCGGAGAUUAAGGCCCUGGGCGGGCUGGAGGUGCUGGUUCCGGGGAAGCUGGAGCCAACCCUGAUUCGUCAGCAUCUGGACGAGUCGCUUCUCAAGGCCUUCAACUGCGCGUCCAAUGUACACCUGUCAACGUCGUACGCCUAUCAGGCGCUCGCCCUGUACUGCGGGAAGGACUCGGUGGCUCUCAGAGGGUUCGGCAAGUUUUUCUGGAAACGCGCUCUGGAGGAGCAGAUGACGUUCAAGGACAUUGCAGCUUUCGUGAGCGGCCGUGGCGGUGGCCUCAUGCUGCGGGACAUCAAGGCUCCGCCGCAGUCCUUCCAUGAUCCUGAAAGGGGUGAUGCACUAACGGUUGCGGAAUAUGACCUGGCUGUUUGCAAGGUGGCGUAUGAGAAGGACCUCAACCUCCACAAGGCAGCUGAGAUGUCUGGGGAUGCUGGAGCGCAGAACUUCAUUGAAAAUCGCCUGCUCAAGCCGGAGGUGCUGGCGCUGCAGCGCUGUGCGCGCUAUGUGACUCAGAUCAGGCGCGUGGGCAAGGGAACAGGCGAGUAUCAGCUGGAUCAUCACAUGCUCAUGGGCGUUGAUAUUGGAGAAAUGACUGUGGGACAGCCACCCACCAAGCGUGCCCGUACAGCAGCUGAUGGCAUUUUGGGCUUGCUCUCAUCCGAGGAUUGA